AUGGUGGCGGCGCGGCAGCAGCGGCGGCGGCGGCGCUGGGGGGUGCUGGUGCUGCUGGCGGCGUACGUAGGAUACCUGGGGCUGGGCGCCGUCGUGCUGCAGGCGCUGGAGCGGCCGGCCGAGGUGCAGGCGGCCCAGAACCUCCUCCAGCAGCACUGGGAGCUGCUGGGCAACCACACCUGCCUGCAGGGGCCCGCCCUGCAGCGGCUCAUCGAGGGUAUCAUCCAAGCCUACAAGAGUGGCAUAACCCUCCAGGGAAACACCACUAGCCUGGGCAGGUGGGACUACAGUGGGUCUUUCUUCUUCUCCAUAUCUGCAAUAACAACCAUAGGCUAUGGGAACCUGAGCCCCAGCACUGCAGUUGGUCGAAUCUUCAGCAUCGUGUUUGCACUUUUUGGGAUCCCCUUGAACCUUGUACUCCUGAAUGAAAUUGGGCACCUAAUGCUGCUUGGGGUUCAGCAUUGUGCCUCUCGCCUAGAGGAGGUGUUUCACUGGCAGAAUAAAGCUUCCUUCCUGAUGAAGACCUGUGCACUGGUAACUGGCUUGUUAUUGUUCCUCCUGCUACCUCCCUUGUUAUUCUCUGACAAAGAAGGCUGGUCUUAUGAAGAAGGCUUCUACUAUUCCUUCAUUACCCUCAGCACUAUAGGGUUUGGAGACUAUGUGAUUGGGAUGAACCCAGAUCGCACCUAUCCCAGCUGGUACAAGAAUGUAAUCUCUCUAUGGAUCCUCUUUGGGAUGGCCUGGCUAGCACUGGUUAUCAAAUUUUGCAUCAACAUUCUAGAGAGCUCCAGUUACUUCUGUCAAUGCAACAAGAAGAACACGGAGAUGGCUGAAGAUUUAAUGGAUGGUAACAAAAAUAGCAUGACUGGACUUCAGAAUGUGGAGAUCUGCUGUGACAAAGACACAAAAAUGAAAGCACCAGUUGAGUCUCACUCUUACACAGCUCCUACAGAAGCCCUGUAGGGAAGAAAAAUGUUCUCUGUGUUCUGCAGGUUUUAGUGCACCCAAGAUGAGCCAUUUAGAAAUGUGUAUGUGGAGCUGCUCUGACCUUGGAAUGGGGUGAAGGUUUGCUAUUGAGCUUGAAAUGCUUUUAUUUUGAAUUGAGCAAUGACAGAAUGUUUUAGUUCCAGCACCACCAAGUACUACCAACAGGACUCUUAGCCAAAAGUAGAUUUAUGGAAAUAUUACCUGCCCUCCCACCUCAGUCUAUGAGGUAAUCUUUGACAUCCCAGAGCAACACUAGCUGUUGUGCAUUUCUUUGCAUGAUUCUUGCAGUCUCUAGUUAUACCUAUAUAAAAGCAAGUGCCAUUUAAUGCAGGAAACAAACAGCAUAUUGCCAAAAGAAAUGAAAAGCACUGUUUAAAGCUAUCUGGCAGUCAUGGCAGAUGUGCACCAUCACCUAUGUACUUAUGCUUAAGAAAGGUAACAAGGUUUUGCUCUCUGAUCGUUCAAAUGGGGAUGGCAAUGAGGAAGAGCUCGUAGAGGUGCCUGAUAGAAACAGAUCAUUCAAUUUUUUAAAAAGUAAUUUCUACGUCAGAAGUCUGCUUACAGAAAGAGACUGGGAAUGCUAUUCCUUACUUCAGAACUUAUGUGGAUUCAUUCUUGGAAGUAUUUUGCAGACCAAAUGUCAUCAGCUUAAUGCGACAGUUCAUUUAGAUGAAUUUGUAUUUUGUCACAUCUUGGAAGUCAGAAAAGGAGGACUAGAAGCAAUUUUAAAAGUCAGUGGUUCCAACAUUUUCCUAUCACCAAUAUUAACAAAUUCAGUCUAGAAACAGACUGAAUUUUCUUCAGCUAUGAUCAAGAGAUGCUAUUGUGAUGAACUUCUCAUGUCGUUAAUGAUUAGUGUACUGUACCUGUUCUAUCUAACAUCUUAUAUAUAAUAACAACUCUUUGAUCUGUGGAAUGACAUGCUUGUUUGGCUUUUGUGUCAGUCAUGAAGCAGAACUUGGUUGCGUCUUUUUAGUUCCAUUAAAUUCUCAAAAAUCUUUUUAAAUAUUAUGCCAUUUAUAAGGGCACAACAGAGUCUAACUCCUGGUGCUGUUUGUAUUCCGUUAUCUGUUCUUCUCAUUUUGUUACUCCUGUUGUGCUAUUUGCAUCCUAAGCAUUAACUUUGAAAACUUCACCAUGGCAGCAAACCAGAAUGAAGCAUUUGAUUGAGCCUUCAGCUUUUGCAAUGAACUAAGGUCCCAUGGGGUUGUAAGAGAAAAGACUGAAAACAGAGUCUGCUGGAGUACGGGAUUGAGGAAUUAGAAAUAUUCAUUGCUAUAUUCACAGAAAUGGAGUGAGUGAAAAGUGUGCAGUCUUCAGGAACAAAAGUUCUGAAACAUAUAUUGUGAAAAAAGUGUUUCCAGAAGAGGUCAGUCUUGAGUAUUGAUAUCUGGUGGAACUGAUUACAGGAAAAAAUGCAGCAAAAGGAUCAGCUGAAUGAAAUUCAGUCUGCUGACCUUUUUCUAAUUGCAUAGUACUAAAUGUUCUCUCAAAUACUGUUUGAAGGGGCAGCAGAUAUCAGGAAGAGGGAGACAGUGGACCUCUUGGAUCAUACUGAUA